ACGUGUGACGCUUUCAUUCCCGGCUCAGUAAUAUUCUCAUAGCGGGGCUUUGCAUAUCUCCUGCCGUAUCUGUGUGUGUCUGUCACUGUUACUGUAGUCCCAGCCUAUAGUUUGAAAUAGAUAUGGAAGGAGACGGGAGUCAAGCCACAUCCGGAAGCCUAAAUGAUUCACAACAUGACCCGGGUAAAAUGUUUAUCGGUGGCCUCAGCUGGCAAACCUCACCAGACAGCCUUAGAGACUAUUUUAGUAAAUUCGGAGAAAUAAGAGAAUGUAUGGUGAUGAGAGACCCCACGACAAAACGCUCAAGAGGAUUUGGGUUUGUUACGUUUACAGAUGCUGCCAGUGUAGAUAAAGUCUUAGCUCAACAACACCACGAAUUAGACUCAAAGACGGUGAGUUGA